GGGCUGGGUCCCACUUGUCGGCCUCUCAACACCUUCGACCCCCCCUCCUGACCCCUUCUCCAGCGCCACCGUCGCCCCCGCCGCCGCCGCCGUUGAGCACCCGCUGCCGCAGAGGUCUGCACCGCCUCCCGAGCCAAUCUCGCUCGCGCUCUACGGGGAGAGGCGAUGGAUUCGGCAGGACCCUCGAAGCCCGAGGAGGUGGCCGCUUACCAGAGCAGCGAGGCCAAGCAGGCGAGGCUGCAGUCCAUGCUCGCGGCGCUCCUCGACGACCCCAUACUCGCCGACGUCCCGAGGAAGCCCUCGCUGGCGGACGUGGACACGCUCAUCAACCUCGAGCUCGGCAGCGCCAUGAGGGUGACCGUCGUCAAGCUGGACAACACCUCGUUCGAUGUCGCGGUGUUGAACACUGCUACGCUCAAGGAUUUGAAGCUGGCUGUCAGGAAGAAAAUAACUGAGAUAGAGCAGGGCCAGAUGGGCCAUCGUCACAUCUCAUGGAAGCAUAUUUGGGAGAACUACUGCCUGACACAUCAAAGUGAGAAGUUGAUAGAUGACAAUUCUGCACUUUCUUCUUAUGACAUUCGUAAUAACUCCAAGGUUUGUUUCUCACCACACGUCAUGUCGAGAGUACAUCAGAAGCAUUCCAGGAGAAGAAAACACCGUUUCUUCCACGGUCUUAGCAGGAAGAUGUGAUCCCUAAUCAGGACAAGCCGUUGCUACCAGUGGAGAGUGAUCAUUUUCAAAACGAAGAACGCCCCAAGUUUUAGCUGCGGCGGAUAUAUUUCAAGGAAGCAAUCCACUAAUUCGUCGAUGCAUGGAGUUGCAGAAGAUCGUGUAUGCUUGGGAAGAGCACUACGUGUGUAGUGCACGUGAGCUAAUCUGUGUUCUAAGUAGUAAUAUGGAAGCUACCGAUCUGAUCAUGUAAUUCGGCAGUGGAAGUGCACUCCACAAUAUGUAAUGCACUAUCUGCACCAUGCUUUUGCAGGUCAGCUAGCUCCGGUAAACUACUGGCUGCUUCAUUUAUAUUUAUUUAUUAUGAGAGGAACACCUCGUAUUCCAUUAA